AUGUCGUCAGACCAAGCAAAAAUCGAAUUUCUCACGGUUAUAUCGAAGAAGGAUUCUUUUGGAUCGGCCUUCUUCCCGCCAUCAAUCAGAAAGGGAGGAGUGCAUCUUUACAACAGCGAAACGAAAACGUUAAUCACUCAGUAUCCAUUCAAUGUCAUUUGCAACUGGACAAGUGGCAACACCUACUUCAACAUGACAGUUGGAAAUGGAAUAAGGGGCAAUGAGGGGAAGAAGCUACUCCUCGACACUACUAUGGGUUAUAAGAUGGACGACCUGAUUACUUCAUAUAUAUCGGUUCUUAUUUCUGGUCAAAAUAACAAUUCAAUUACUCGAAGGAACGAGUCGAUCAUCUAA